ACAAGAGGUUUCACCACAGUUAGUUAGUUAGUUUCUCUCAGACAACAUGUGUACUGGUAAAUGUUCUCUUUUCAUUGCUGUGAGUCUGUACCCGUUAGUGCUCAUAUCCAUCAUCUGUAACAUAGUGCUGUUCUUUCCGGGCUGGGACGCCAAGUAUGCCAAAGAUGGACACAUUACAGAAGAGGUGGAAUACAUGGGAGGAAUCCUUGGAGGGGGUAUAAUUGUGUUGAUCGCAGCACUUUGCAUCAACCUGACUGGAGAACAAGGAUGCUGUGGGAACCGCUUUGGGAUGUUCAUAUCCAUCAUCUUCGCUGCGGGAGGAGCAAUCGGCGCUCUGUACAGUUUCAUUGUGGCAUUAUUCGGUUUGGGUAGCGGGCCUCUCUGCAUACAUGAUGGAGCAUGGAUAACCCCUUUUAAAACCAGUAAUUGGGGCUAUCUGACUGACUCAAAGUCGUGGGGAGAAUGCAAAGAGCCUCCAAACGUGGUGCAGUUCAACAUUGGACUGUUCGCCACUCUGAUGGUCACCAGCUGCCUGCAGGUGUUACUCUGUGCCGCUCAGAUCAUCAACGGUCUCCUCGGCUGCAUGUGUGGAGCCUGCAACGAAAAAGAGGAAGCAUAAAGUCUUGGUCAGGAGGCAUCCAAUGAUUUGCUCUUAUUCUAUCCGAAUAAGAGUGACCUGCAUUAAACCUGCUUUACAGUGCUGCGGUGUAGAAGCGUAUGCUUGUGUUGGGAGAGUUCACACUGAUCAUAUCAUCUGUUUGAUAUAAUUUAGGUGAGAUAAUAAGCCGCUGAUACACUGCUUUUGCUUCAGCUAAUACUAACCUUUUUGACUUAUUGUACUUUUACACAAAAAACAAUUUAAAAAAAUGUUUGCAAGUCUCUUCAACUUCACCUGUAAUGUUGACUCGACAUCUAUUUUUCUCUAAACCUGCAUGUUUGCAUACAAAUUCACGUGCUGGUUCUUUGGAUCCUGGACAGAGCACAAGAAUUUCAUUCAUGCAGCACCAGAGAUCUCCCAGCACAACUGUAUUUUGUGUCUCAGUCGAGGCAGAUGGCUGUCUAACAUGAGUCUGGUUCUGCUCAAGGUUUCUGCCUGUUAAAAGGAAGUUUUCCCUUAAUGCUGUAACUUGCUAAAUGCUGCAAAGUACUCUACUCAUGGUGGAUUAAGAGGAGAUACAACUGAGUCUUACCCUGUCUUGAUGUUGGGUCUUUGUUCAUAAUGUAGCAUAGAAUAUGGUCUAUACCUGCUAUGUUUGUAAAAGUGUCUUGAGAUAAGGUUCUUUGUGAUUUGGCGCUUCAUAAAUAAAGAUUGAUUGAUUGAUUGA